AUGGAGGGAUUCGACAAGACGCAGGAUGGGUUGUUCCCAAUGAGCGUUCACAUUGAUCAAAAGGGAUUCAUAUGGGUAAACAUGGAUGUUGCAAGGGAGGUGGCAUGGGAAGAUGACUUCGAAGGAGUUGACACGCAGCCUCAGAUGGACAGCUUCAACUUUGAUAAUUACCGGUUCAACCAUACGUGGGAGAUGGGUGGCGAUUACAAUUGGAAGGCGUUAGCUGAUAAUUACAAUGAGUGCUAUCAUUGUCCGACAGCUCACCCGGAUGUAGCUGGUAUCACCGAUCUGAAACUAUACGCGGUCAGCACUCAAGGGGGGCAUAUUCAGCACUUCACCAACGCGGAGAAUAUAGCCAUGGACGAGGGACAGAGGGUCCGCAGCACAUAUUACUUCCCCAAUGCCUGCAUGACAGUGACACCUUUCUUCUUUUACAUGAUGAGGUGCGUGCCUACGUCAGCCACUCAUUGCUCCGUGGAGUACGAAGUCUAUCGACACAAGGACGCCUCCGACGCGGAGUUCGAAGCCAUUGAUUCCAUGUACAAGCGGGUACUCAACGAAGACAAGUGGCUUUGCUUCAACACGCAGAAGAACUACGCUGCAGGUGUCUACGUUAGUGGCGAGAUGCAUGCAAGAAUGGAUAAGGGGCCGUUGUUCGUCCAGAAAACUGUGCGCAACCUUGUUCGGCAGCAUCAUGAGCGCGAAAGGCAGCUGGGUCGCGAGAUAUGGCCUGCUCGGCAGGUUUUGCCAGAUUCGGCAACACGGGUACAUGAAGACGAGGCUUUCUUGUGCGAUCUGAAAUGUCAGACUGACAAGCUCGAGUGGUAG